AUGUCGCAGACCUGUCCACCUAACAACCGGCCUUGUCGGUGCCAUCUCCGACAGGCUACGUAUAUUGUUCCCAGCACUGGCCAGCGUAUACACGGUAACCCUGACCCAUCAGUUGGACAUAACACAAACGAUGAAUGCACACCAUUACUACAGAGGAGCCCCUGCGCCGACGAUGGUGGACGUGAGCGUUCGGGUUGGAUGCACCGGGCGACGAUGGCGUCUGGCAGGUUGCGUUCGUUUAUGCAGUCAGAGACUGGAAAAGGCAUCUUGAAAUGUAGUCUCGCAUACUUGCUGGGUACGAUGGCGACUUUUGUCCCGGUCCUCUAUCGAUUCCUGGGCGACCAAGCCGGGAAACACACCGUCGCGACUGUCACAGUAUACUUCCACCCAGCGCGAACAAAGGGUAGCAUGAUUGAGGCACUUGUGCUAGCUAUCAUCGCCUUUUGUUAUGCUGCGUUCAUUUCAAUUACUAGUAUGAGUGUUUCUGUACUCUUUGAGAACGGGCUCCACUUACUUCCACUUGGUCAUGUCAUCAUCUUGAUCGUCUUCUGCGGCGGCGGCCUCGGCUUCAUCGGAUGGGUGAAGCAGAGGCGAGGUGACCCGCUGGUUAAUGUUGCAUGCUCUCUUGCUUCUCUAGCAAUCAUUACCGUAAUGACAAAAGAGGGAUCUGUACAGCGAGGUGACUUGUCUUUCGCCAAGAUCAACCAGGUUUUCAAAAUGGUUAUCAUGGGUGUUAUGGCGACAAUGGCGGUCUGCUUCCUUGUAUUUCCUAUUUCUGCAAAGAAGAAACUACGUCAGAAUAUGGUUGACAUGACAGACUCCCUCUCUGACAUGCUGGAGAUUAUCACAGAAAGUUUUAUAUAUGGGGGCUCGGAGCUUGGGGGCAGUUUAGAGCAGGGGCCUUUUCUUGAUGCUUCAAACAAGAACAAAGCUGCAUACUCGAAAAUGGAAAAACUCCUUAAAGAAGCCAAGCUUGAACACUAUGUCGCUGGUACUGAGGCGGAAUAUCAACUUGAGCAAAAAUUAGUCCGUUGCAUCCAGGAUUUAUCCCAGAGCAUUGGUGGACUUCGAAGCGCUGCGGCUCUUCAGUUUGAUAUCCUAAACCAAUUCCAACAGCCACCGCAGGACAUUAACUCAUUCGACACAUUGCGAUUGCUGCAUAAUGUAUCUCCGCUCGCCAGCCUCAACAGGCCAUUAACGUCCAGCCGUUUUGAUGGCCUCCAGUCCCCACAAUCUGCUACAACUAUACGCUCUCCUGAACGUCCUCAAACAGCAAACAGCACUAUGGAGUUUGUUCAAGCACCCGCAGACAUGUUUGAAAGGUUUAUCACUCACCUUGGGCCAUCAAUGAACUCGCUUGCAUACACGCUAAAGGAAAUUCUAGGAGAACUCCCUUACGGUCCAGCCCCAGAUUUCAAAGUUACGGUUAAUAUCAAGUUCCGAACGAGCCUUGAACGCGCACUUGAACUAUACCGGCACGCUAGAAAUGAUGCUUUGAAUAUAAUAUACAGUCAGAAGGAUUUAAUCCUUGCCAAGGGAAAACCUCUUGGAGUUGAAGCUGACUUGGAAGAAGUUGCGGCUAGCUGUGGUCACUUUAGUUUCUCCCUUCUGGAAUUUGGCGAACAGCUUAAAGAAUUUCUUAGUAUUCUUGACCAACUUCAAUUAGAAGCUGAAGAGCGUCCGAAUGGAAGAACUUGGCGCUGGAUUAUGCCAUGGGCAUCGCAGCAUGAACAAAAUGCAAAUAUAGGCCCACUUGAUACCGGAGAUCCAUUGGGAGACAAAAAUAUAACCAGCAAAGUUCCUGACGUCUCUUUUGCUAGGGCCACACUCAGAUACAGAGUUUGGAAGGCACUCCGUCUUUUUCGACGCGAUGACACGAAAUUCGCUAUUAAAGUCGGUGCUGGCGCAGCCCUGUAUGCACUGCCCUCGUUCAUGCCUGAAACUAGACCGAUAUACUCUGCCUGGAGAGGGGAAUGGGGCCUAGUAUCUUAUAUGCUUGUAUGCUCAAUGACAAUAGGGGCAUCGAAUACGACCGGCUAUGCUAGAUUUCUUGGUACAUGUAUUGGAGCCAUCUGUGCUCUUGUUAGCUGGUACGUUGCGGAAGCGAAUGUUAUCUUCCUUGCCAUAUUCGGAUGGGCAAUGUCCUUUUGCACGGCUUAUAUCACGAUAGCUAGGGGAAAUGGGCCCAUGGGGAGAUUUAUUAUGCUUACCUAUAACCUCAUUGUCCUCUAUGCAUAUGCCUUAGCCAAGGAAGGCGCCGACGACGGCGUGGGCGAAGGAGGAGAUGAUCCUGUGAUUACUGAUAUCACUCUUCACAGAGUGGUUGCGGUAUUCGUUGGUAUCCUCUGGGGUAUCAUAAUCACCAGGAUCAUUUGGCCGUCCAGUGCUAAACGGAAGCUAAAGGACGGCUUGAGUGUAUUUUGGCUUCGUCUCAGUGUCAUCUGGAAGCGCGACCCGUUGUCUACCAUGAUUCGGGGAGGACCGGCAUCUCCUUAUUUCGACGUACAGGAAAGGAUCAAGCUGCAACUCUUCCUAAGCCACCUGGACUCACUCUUGGUAUCAGCAAAGUCCGAAUUUUCCUUAAAGAGACCCUUUCCAGAUGCUGAAUAUAAGGUCCUCGUUUCUGGGUCCAGACGACUGCUUGAUGCAUUUCAGGCCAUGAACCUUGAAAUAAUGAAGAACCUCACAGCUUCUGAAGGUGAAGCGGUGAUGUUGAGAUACACUUUACGGGAAAGAAUGCAGUUAUCUGCCAGAAUAAGUCAUUUAUUGUCAGUGAUGGCAUCUUCAAUGAAACUAGGAUACGCAUUGAAUGAGGUACUUCCAGACACUGAACAUGCUAGAGAUCGCCUUUUAGCGCGUCUCCACCAUUUCAGGAAUGACAAACAGGUCUCCCGGUUGACCACAGAUGAGGACUACGCUCUUCUAUAUGCAUAUGCGCUCGUUACUGCUCAACUAUCGAAGGAAAUUGUGGUAUUAAUGGAAGGCAUAAGAAACCUCUUUGGAGCUAUUGAUGAGGAUGCCAUCACCCUCCAAUGA